CCCAUAUCCGCUUUUCUCUUGCUCCGAUGUUAACUGCAGCAUCCACAAUCUGUGCUCUUAACGAUGGGGAGCUCCAGGAAAGCUGAAUGUUGUUGGACAUGUAAAAUAAGGCAUGUCAAAUGUGACGCAACACCGGCGGCCUGUGUGCAGUGCACAAGUCGAGAGAUCAACUGCCAUGGAUAUGGCCCAAAACCAUUGUGGAUGGAUGGAGGUGAAGAGGAGGAGCGAGAAAGGCAGCUUAUCAAGCGCGCAGUCAAGAACAAUUUCAAACGGAAAAAGAAGCUCCAUCAUCGUUUAGUCAAGAGACAGAAUCGUCCACAGGCUCGAAACCAAAGCCCAAUUCCGCUAAGGUCAUUGCAGGAUGCUAAGAUUGCAACCCCUCAAGAUACCGCAGCAUUACCAAUACUGACCCCACCCUCGUUACAAAGCCGCGUUCCCUUCGACCGCUCCUUUCCAGAACCCUUGCAAUAUGACGAAGCAAGUCUCUUGAUGCAUUAUCUGGACUAUGUAUUCCCCUACCAAUACCCAUUCUCUGAAAAAGGAAAUUGGUCUCGUGGCUGGCUUCUUUGGCUCUUGAGCAAGAAUGGACCGCUUUAUCGAGCAUCUAUGGGCCUCGCAGCGCUGCAUCGGCGAUCACUCCAGGGCGGAAUUGAGAGCCACCAUCUUGAACUUGAGUUUCACACCAAGGCCUUGAGACAACUUCAAGAAUUUAUUGUUUCCUUGAACAUAAAUGAGCUUCGGCCUGAGAACGAGAAUCUCGUCGAGGCAAUAACAUGUGGCGUGGCUCUAAUUAGCUUUGAGGUCCUUAGAGGAAGCACGGGUAACUGGCAACCUCACCUGUGCGCUAUGGCUUCAAUUGCCAUUGCAAUACACAAACAGCACCAGCUUCCACAGUCACCAGAUCAACUCUCGCUUCCACUGUUCGAAAACAAAACCACGGCAGCUUUAGCAUUCCACAUCCCAGUAUUGUUGUGGAUGGACAUAUUGGCCUGCGUAGCAACACAGAAACAACCAAAGCUGCCUUACGAAGAAUGGCUAGGUCCAAGUUGCAACUUUGAGCUUGUACAUAUCAUGGGGUGCCAUAACUCGGUGAUGAAAGCCAUUGGCAACUUGGGAGCCCUACAAGAGUGGAAAGCCGAGACCCUCGACGUAAAUCGCCUUGAAAAUGAGCAAUUAUGGAGGAGAAUACAAUGCAUCGAAGAUGAACUCGAAGAUUGCAUGGAAGCAAUCCCCAUAGUUUCGUCAAAGUCACUAUUCCGAUCUGAUGAAGGGUAUGCCACUCGCAUAUUUGCGGCUGCAGCGUUAGUGCAACUUCGAGUUUUUGACGCUCAGAUUUCACCACGUCCCUCAUCAACUAAAAUGAGGAGGGCAGUGAGCCGUACGAUGUCGGAAAUCCAGGUGAUACAGAGCACAAUUUCUCCUCGGCAGAUGUGCUGGCCCAUCUGCGUCGUCGGCUGUGUGGCUGAUGCAGAUCAGAGAUUCUUUUUUGAGCAUCUGCUAGAGAAUGUACUCUCUGAAGGCAGCAGCAUCUUUGGGAAUUGUGGAACGGCACUGGACAUUAUGCGAAAAUGUUGGAAGUUUCAGGCUGAGCAGCCGGAUAUUCAAUGGGACUGUAGCAGCGCAAUGAAGGAGAUGGGUAUAUGCGCUCUACUUAUAUAGAUAAUAAUGUAUUGUAUGUGAAAAU